CAGUGUGCUUGGAUUACAGGCAUGAGCCACCGCGCUGGGCCUGACAUUUUUCUUUUCUGCACAUUCUCUAGCUAUAUAACUUGCAACUCUUUAGCUCUGUGCCUGCAAAAUAACUGGACAUUCUGUUACCAACAGAGGACGGCCAGAUGAGACUGGUCCAGCGGUUAUACCUGCACCUUCGUGGAGGCCGUUAAGAGUAUCCCUAAAGGCCGAGUCAGCUGCUGUAAGGCAGAGCAUGGAUUUCCCCUCGGGGACUAAAUCCCAUUCUUGGGCUCCAGAGGCCUUGUUCCUACCACUGUACGCCACCGCGUGGGGUGCCCUGGAAACCCGCCUACCUCCCUACUGUCCUGAGGGUGGACGGAGAUGGUCUUAGCAGGUGUGGGAGAUGAGGUAGGAGAUGUCUUCAGUGGGGUCCAAGGCUCAUCUGGACCCAGUUGUCAGCCAAGGGGCGGUGGAGGGGGCGUCAGAAAACGCAGGAGCGGCUCCCAGACCCAGGAGGGGACUCAAGGAAGCAGAGGCACUUUCCUCAGCCGCUCCGGGGCUUCCCCAGCUUGCCCUCCCCUAGAGAAGACGUCCCCGGGAGAGAGCUGCCCAGGACCCCUUCCCAUGGGACGUCUCGGCCCCGCCUCCCUCAUCUGGGGACAGUCCAGGGGCUCAGAGCAGGAGUAGCGCGGGCGCGGUCCCCACGUGGCCUCCCGGAACAUCUGCCCACAGCGCGACACCUAGAUCGCUCCUGUCUUUCACAGAACAUCCUCGGCCCCGGCACGGCCUCGAACGCCUUGACCCCGCAGGGGAGGGGGACGAAGCUCCUUCGCUCCCGCAGGGGCGUCGAAUACCUGUGGAUCCGGCCUCAGCUUCCCGAGCCUGAAUCAAUGCCUCUAAUCACGUGGGCGCUCAGCCGCGACGGGACCACAGAAAUGGACCAGCGGCCCGUUUAAGGAGCGACAAGGCCCAGCCCUCUCCUGGACUGUGGCGACGCCUUCUCCCUGCGCCCCCAGCGCGGCCGCUUGGCUUUUGUUUGAGGUGACUUCUGGCCGCAGCAUCCCUUCGGGCACCCUGGGUGCCGGGGGAACUACAUUACCCAGAAGGUUUUGUCUCCAGCGGCAGAGAUGCUGAGCCAAUCCGCGCUGAGAAAAGGGUCGUUUCCGCUUUGAGACCACUAGGUCGGGGAGGUACUUCCUGUAUCACUUCAGUGGCGGUCAUUUUUGCAGCGCUUGGGUGCAUCCAGAUCGUCAGAGCUUUGGGAGCGCUUUGUUUGGCGAGAGAGUCGGAAGGCGCGAGGGGAGGGUUCCUCCCGCUGAACAGUCGGGGGUCUAAGCGUCGGCGGCGGCGGGGUUGACGGCUUUGCCCAGGUCCCCGCGCCCGUCGCUGUCGGUCCCGGGCCCGCUCUGCCCAGACUCCGAUGGCUGCGGCUGCGCUGAGGGCCCCGACUCAGGGCUGUGUGACCUUUGAGGACAUCGCCAUUUACUUCUCACAGGAAGAGUGGGGACUUCUUGAUGAGGCUCAGAGACUCCUGUACCUUGAAGUGAUGCUGGAGAACUUUGCCCUUGUAGCCUCACUGGGUUGUAGCCAUGGAACAGAAGAUGAAGAGACACCUUCUGGGCAGAAUGUUUCUGUAAGAGUGUCACAGUCAAAGGCAGGUUCAUCCACACAGAAGACUCAAUCCUGUGAGAUGUGUGUCCCAGUCCUGAAAGAUAUUUUGCAUCUGGCUGAUCUCCCUGGGCAGAAACCAUACUUGGUUGGAGAAUGUACAAACCAUCACCAGCACCAGAAGCAUCACAGUGCAAAGAAAUCCUUGAAGAGGGACAUGGACAGAGCCUCAUAUGUGAAGCGCUGCCUAUUCCGUAUGUCAUUGAAGCCCUUUCGCAAAUGGGAGGUUGGAAAGGACCUCCCAGCCAUGUUGGGCCUUCUGAGGUCCCUGGUCUUUCCUGGAGGCAAGAAACCCAACACAAUUACUGAAUGUGGGGAGGACGUUUGCAGUCAAAAAAGUCAUUACAAGUCAGGUGAAUGUGGGAAGGCUUCCAGGCACAAACACACUCCUGUUCAUCAUCCAAGAGUUUACACUGGAAAAAAGCUUUACGAGUGUAGCAAAUGUGGGAAAGCCUUCCGUGGCAAGUACUCACUUGUUCAGCACCAGAGAGUCCAUACUGGAGAAAGGCCUUGGGAGUGCAGUGAAUGUGGAAAAUUCUUUAGCCAAACCUCCCACCUGAAUGACCAUCGGAGAAUCCACACCGGAGAAAGGCCUUAUGAGUGCAGCGAAUGUGGAAAAUUAUUUAGACAAAACUCCAGCCUUGUUGACCACCAGAAAAUACACACUGGAGCAAGGCCUUAUGAGUGCAGCCAGUGUGGGAAAUCCUUUAGCCAAAAAGCCACCCUUGUUAAACACCAAAGAGUUCACACUGGAGAAAGGCCUUAUAAGUGUGGUGAAUGUGGGAAUUCCUUUAGUCAAAGUGCCAUUCUUAAUCAACACCGAAGAAUUCACACUGGAGCAAAGCCUUAUGAGUGUGGCCAGUGUGGGAAAUCCUUUAGUCAAAAAGCUACCCUCAUUAAACAUCAGAGAGUUCACACUGGAGAAAGGCCUUAUAAGUGUGGUGAAUGUGGGAAAUCCUUUAGUCAAAGCUCCAUCCUUAUUCAACACCGGAGAAUUCAUACUGGAGCAAGGCCUUAUGAGUGUGGCCAGUGUGGAAAGUCCUUUAGCCAAAAGUCAGGCCUCAUUCAACACCAAGUGGUUCACACUGGAGAAAGGCCUUAUGAGUGCGACAAAUGCGGGAAUUCCUUUAGCCAAUGCUCCAGCCUCAUACAUCACCAAAAAUGCCAUAACACAUAGAGGUCUCAUGAAUGCAGCAAAUGUGGAAGCGUCUGCAACUCAAGAUCUAUCAUCAUGUAGCUCCUGAAAGUCCACACUUAGGUAGAGCCUUAGACCUACAGGGAAUGUGCUGCCUCCGUAGUACUGUAGCAGUAGAGGGCCUUUGUGAGGAAGCCAUCUGCCUAAAGUUGAACCUCAUUCUUCCUUGUUUCUCUGGUAGAAACCAUCUACCCUCUGCCACCUUGCACAGUGGGCAUUGGUCACACUGAUGUGCUAAGGCAAGGCAGACAUUUGUGUGUUCUCUUAGUCUUUGGAGGAAAUCUUGAGCAAUCUAAGCCUUUAGAGAAAAUUCAUUCUUUUUUCUGACUGAUCACAGCAUACAUGUGACCCAGUUUUGGUCAGGAGGGCCCAGCCUUGGUUCUGCUGGACGCUUAUGUGCAAGGAUUCCCUUUUUGUAAAUUCUUGGUCUCACAUGAUACCUGGUCAUUCUAGCCUCCAAGUCACCACCUGGUGAAUGGCUGCCUCAUAUUGCUCCAGUUUGUGCACUAAUAAAAGCCUUAUAUUUGAAUCUA